UGGUUAUAAUUGAAUUUCUAAUUAGGGUUUUUGCGACAAUAGAUAAUAAUAUCUUUUUGAAAAAUUGGGUCAGGGGUCCGAUGAUGAAGACUACUGCUCUGUGCGAAAAGAACCCACUUCCUCCCGGUGCGAAAGCGAAGAGCAAAGCCCGCCAGCACGCGAAAUCGAAGAGAACGGAGAAAUUGGAAAAGGAGGAGAUAUUGUCCAAGGAAACUGGUGAUACUAGUUUUCAUGAUUCAGACCCGAAAUUCUUUAUUAACGAGGAGUUGUUGGCUGCUAUGAACAAAGAGCGCCUUCUGGGGCUUGGGCCUGAUCAAGAAAUGUAUCCUCGUCCGGUGACUGAUCAAGAAUAUAUUGCCUUUUUUGAUUUAGAUGUUGAGGAAUAUGAGCUCAUGGCAAAUAUAGUGCGUAACGAUUGCCUCAUUGCUCCUGAAUAUAUAGAUAGCGAAAGUUGCAGCACCAACUCCAACUUAACGGGUGAGGUUGCCCCAACUCCAACUUAACAGCGUGAACCCCGGUUGGCAGGUCUACUGGCAGUGCUUUGCUUGAGUGACGAUCUAUCAAACUAACUAUGAAAGACUUCCAGACCUAUGAAUAUCUUAUUUCCUUAUUGUAUAAUGUCCACUAUGUUUGGAUUAAAUACUUGUAGAAACAAUUCAGGCUCUUGAAAUAUUUGUCAUCUUGACCCUUUAUUAUCGUAUAUAUUUUCGGGGGUUAGUAUUCGUUAUGUUGGUUCUGUUUUUCAAAAUAGUGGCACUCUUUUGUUUUUAUGAGGAAACUGUGUGAGGUUUUUGAUGAGGCCACUUUACUAGCUACCGUUGUGGUGAUGUUGUGGUUAUUUUUGGGAUUUGUUUAGAUAUUGUUCUUCUAAUUGCCCCAAAUCUACAUUGUUUUCCAUGCAAACCAAGAUGAUAUUAUCCCUUAUUUGGUAUAUUCUAAUACUCAUGGAACGAUUUCAACAAUGGUUUCAAUAGAUGACGAAAAUGAUUCAUCCUAUUCCUGAUUUCCUGUAAUGCAUGUCCUCAGUUGAAGGAAGCAAAAACAUCAUUAGAUUGCCGGUUUCCGCUGCAUCUUCGUUAUGCCUCUGUCCGGCAUAUUCUGUUUCCUCAGAAUGAUUGAUUUGUUGUGGGUUAGACCGGUUAAGUUCAACUCCCAAAGCUUGAACCAAUGAACCUUCUACUUACGCUUCUAACAUAUUUGGGUCAAACCCGAUUAGCAGGCCAGCAGGCCCAAGGUGCAUGGAAGGAGGAAACCCCAACAGGAUCUUUCCUCACAAGCAACCCCUUUUCACGUAACAUUCGGUUUCUUUUCAUAUGUUUACCAACACAAAUUAAUCAAAAUUCUCCUGCUUCAGGAUUGUAUCGAUUUAUUUAUUCUGUCUCCUCAAGUCCUCAUCGCUCCAAGGUUUUGGGUAGAUAACCUCGAUGGGUCGGAAGCAAAAGGCCGGCGCGAAGGCGAAAUCGAAGAAGAAGGCGAAGAAGAGAGAGGCGCUGAGAUUGAAGGAGUCGUCGUCGACCCGGCUAUGUCUUGCAACUUAUGAAUUUAAACCGUUGACUGAGGAGCAGCUGAAAUUGCUGGAUAUGAUGAAGACUCAUGAGAGAUUUACGGGGCCCUGUGAAGUUGAGGAUGAUUUAGGUCUCACUACUGAUGAGGAGUACAUGUUGGCCAAAGCUGGACAACUUGAAAUCAGCGAAGCCAGAAUGCGUCAUCUCGAUAGCAUUAAAUCUGAGAGGUUUAACUACUUUAACAAAUAUAAGAUAUUUGAAGAGGAAUGGGAUGAGUUGAAGAAAAGAAACCCAGACAAAUACAAAGGUGAAUAUCCUCCCGAAAAGUAUACACGACUUCCUUGGCACAUAGACACAGAAAAGUCUCUAGCAGUCCGCCGAAGCACAAGUGGAUGUACUCACAAGGAGCUUGAUGCUAAGCCUAAAUCUCCUAAAGAAUCACCAGCUGCAACUUCUGACAGCGGCAAUGCAGGUGAAUUUCCUCACAAUGGGCUUGACGCUAAGCCUGAAUCUCAAAAAGAAUCACCAACUGUAAGUUCUGUCAGCGGCAAUGCAGCGUGAAACAUCGGUCGGCAAUUCUGUUGGCAGUGGUGCGUUGCUUGAGUGGCCGUCUAUCUAGCUAACUAUUAAAGACUUCAAGACUUAUCAGUACCUUAUUAUUGUCUAUCAACCUUAUUGUAUAAGUUCCCACUAUGAUGGGAUUAAGUACUUGUAGAAACAUAUCAGGCUCUUGAAAUAUUUGUCAUCGUGACCCUUUAUUAUUGUAUGUUUUAGGGGUUUUGUACUCGCUAUGUUGGUUCUGUUUUUCAAAAUAGUAGUGGCACUCUUUUGUAUUUACGGGGAAACUGUUUGAGGUUUUUGAUGAGGCCACUCUA